AUGAAGAUUUUUAUAGCAGCAACCAUCAUUUUUAUUUUAUGUCUAAUCCUUGAUGUAAUAUAUGAUCAACAAUUAUGGGAUGUUAAUACAAGAAUUACUAAAUAUAUGUAAAAAUAGCAAACCCCUGGGUUGUAAAGUAUGUUUAAUUUCUUCUCUAAUUGGAUAAACAUUUUUCCUGGAAUAGCUUUAUUAAUGUUUAUAUUUACAGAAAAUAAAUUGGCCUCCAUCAUAUAUAUGUGCUUAAUAUAAUUUACAAUUUCAUUUAACUCAAUUCUUAAAAAUGUAUAUCAUUAACCAAGACCUUAUUGGAUUGAAUCUGACAUUGUAGCAUUGUCUUGCAAUAAAGAGUUUGGUAAACCAUCAGGACAUGCUAUGGGAUCAUUGAUGAUGUCUUUUUUAUUGCCUUUGAUGGUUCUGCCUAAUACCUUUUACAAAAAGCCAAAGCUAAUUAAAAGUAUAAUCAUAUGUUUUGCUUCUAUAUGGACUUUUAUGACUGCAUUAUCUCGUAUUUAUUUAGGAAUGCAUAGUAUAGGAUAGAUACUUUUGGGUUGGAUAUAUUCAAGUUAUUUUAUUUUAAUUUAUCUUUUCUAUAUGCAUUAACCUAUAAUGGAAUAUUUCAAAAAUAGAUUGUCUUCUAUUGAUAGAUCUCUAUCUUGGAAAUUAGUUUUGAUAGUUGGUUUAUCUACUGUAAUUUGGCUAUCUAUUUCAUUAUUAUUUUGCUUUUUGAAUGAAAAGAAUAUAUACUUAGAUUAAACAAAACUUACAUAAUGGUUAAAUACAAUUUACACUAAAUGUCCAGAUUAAACUGAAAUUCUUUAAAUAAAUAGUUCUUAAGUGUUUCAAAAUUAUUGUCUGAAUAAAAGUUUUGAAAUAACAUUUAUUUUUUUUAUAAUUUUUGGAAUCAAAUUAAGUAAUGGAAAAUAUAAAGAAGAAGAAUUUAUUCUAAAUUAUUUAUAAUUAAAUUGGAAAUAAAAGUGUUUUCGUUUUUUAUUAUUGAUAAUACCAUUAUCAACUGUGAAAUUUUUAGAUUUUAUAAACAGUGAUAAUGUUUGGGUGAUGAUUUUCGGUUAUGUAAUUAAUAGUAUUUAAGAAAGACUAUACCUUGGAAUGCGUUUUGUGGAUUAAUCCUUACUUUUGGAUAUUCAAAAUUAUUAAAAUAUUUUAAUUUAAAUAUUGA